AUGCGGAAAGCUAAGAGGGGCGGCGGAGAUCUCACUAUAAACUUUUGUAAGAACAGAAAAUCUUGCAAUGCUGAGUGGAUCUCAGGUCGCUUGCAUGAUGGGGACUCUAGUCAAGAUGUUUGCACUAAGCUAUCUGAUUGGGGUAAAAGUGUCGUCUCAAUUUCUUUAUGCAAUGGAGACAUAACCUUAUUUUCAUGCUCGGGCAUGGCUAUAGGACACGAUGGGUACCGCCGUUCAAGGUUUCUAACUUCUGCAAGUUUGGUUAGAGCUUUCCAUGGUAAAACAAACGAGCACUAUUUUGACUUAAAGAUUGAAGUGCGCCGUGAAGGCAAGGAAGUAUAUAGGGGUUUUUUGGCUGAAUAUGAUUUAGUUCACAACUUUGCUGUAGUCGAAGUCUGUGGCUUCCGUGAUGUUAAUGUUGGAAUUUUCCAUCGUAAGCUGAAAUCUGUGCCCCAUGGUGAGGCAUGUGCAGUUGGACGUGAUGUCUCUGGUGACCUAACGGCCAAGAGUGUGGAAUUGGGUGGUGAUUUAAGGGUACAUAAGGAUGAUAAAGAUCUUGACAGUAAAACCUCAAAGGCUUGGGAAGGUGCAACAAUUUUUUCUUUUGAUGGGGAAGUUGUUGGCAUGAACCUUUUUUUUGUUACGGAAAGAGCAGUUUUCCUACCAUGGGGCACAAUUUUGAAGUGUCUGGAGCGUUACUGGACAUACCGGGAAAAGGUGACAGGUCGUGCACGGCCAACAAGUUUGGUUUACGGGUUUGGAGCACCUGUAGGUGGUAAAUCUAACAGCCACCCAGAAGGACGCAGGGAUUGUCUCAGCCAGGAACACUUAGAUAUAGACGACUCGGGUUACCCUAAGUUACCAUCAACCAUGUUAGAUGCUGGCAUGAUUUUGGUCAAUACUUUUGAAGAGCCUUUUGGCGAUAUACGUGGUGGCGAUAAACGUGAUAAAGGUGUCUGGACAAAACUUGGUGAAAAAGCUUCUUCUAGAAUAAAUCGCAGUGUUGUCGCACUGGCUUCAUUCAAUGGAGAAAAAAGAAUUUUUGCCUGCACGGGUUUUUUUAUUGGAUGGAAUGGAUCUACAAAGAUUUUGACAUCGGCAAGCUUGAUUAGAAAUUCUGGUGACGAGAACAACAUUGUUGAAAACUUGAGGAUUGAAGUGUUGCUUCCAAGCAGCACCGAAAGCAUAAAUGGGACAUUAGAGCAUUAUGAUCUACAUUACAAUGUUGCUCUAGUCAGUUUCAAGAAUCGCUAUGAUCUUCGUCCAGCAAAUACUCUGCCUUCUUGGCUUAUGUGUUCUGAUGUAGUAGCUGUAGGGCGUUGUUUCGAAUCAUGUGCAUUAAUGGCUACGAGUGGGAAGCUGAUUUCCUCUUCAAGUGCACUUGAUUGUUACUUACUUGUACAUUCCUCGUGCAAGAUUACUAAGCUUGGGAUUGGAGGCCCUCUUGUUACUCUGGAUGGGGAUGUUCUUGGCAUGAACUUCUAUGAUAAGAAGAUAGGAACCCCUUUCCUGUCAUGGUCAAACAUUGCUAAAAUUUUAGCAUCGUUUGAGGAAAGAAGUAAGACGGGAGAAAUUUGCAAUGAUACCUCUGGUGUGCCUUUGUGGAAAAUGGACAGGGAUCGCAGGGAUAGGUUUAACAGGUGGCCUGUGCCCAUGCCAUGCUGGCGGCGUCCUGAUUAUGUGGAUGAGGAUAAAUUUGAUCCUGAUGAUCGCGAGUACUGCUACGUGAAGGGAGUGAAAUUCAGGCUCUUAUAG